AUGUCUACAACUCGAGCUGCAAUCGCGUUCCUAGUCUUCUUCCUCCUGACUUUCGUGGCACAUGUGGCUCAAGGAAUCUAUUAUCGGAAAGUCUACACAUGGGUGAUCUCAAUGUCAGCCCUAUGGCAGUCAAUCACCUACAUACUCCGCAUAAUCAGCAUCAAGAACCCGACUAGUCUGGGCGACUACGCCGGCUGGUUCGUUCUCAUAUUGAUAUCGCCGUUAUGGACAAACGCGUUUGUGUACAUGGUCUUUGGCCGGAUGGUCUGGAACUAUAUUCCUGACGCUACUCUGUGGCGUGUUCCCGCGUGGAGGUUUGGGUAUUACUUUGUAAUUCUGGAUAUAAUCGCGUUCAUCGUCCAAGUCUACGGCGCCGCUUCAGCCGAAAGCAAUAGUAACACCAUCGCCCAAACCCUGCAAGGAAUUCACGUCUACAUGGGCGGCGUCGCAAUCCAGCAAUUCUUCAUCUUCUGCUUCUGCGCGUUCGCGUACAAGUUCUGGCGUAGGUUGCUUGCACAGAAGACGACCGUCGUCGACGAGAACCCUGCCUCCGCGGACUUGAGUCUCAAGUCGGGAUUUACGCUCCUCUAUGCCAUGAUAGCUGUGUUGAUGCUGAUUUCAUUGCGAAUCUUCUUCCGUCUCGCCGAAUACUCAAAAGGUCUGCAAUCCACGAUCCCUAACCAUGAGGCCUUUCAGUAUUGUCUUGACUCGUUGCCGAUGUUGCUGGCAUUGAUUAUACUGAGUGUCGUUCAUCCCGGUGCUAUUAUGAGAGGACCUUCGUGCGAGAUUCCGGGGAGAAAAAAGAGGAGAGCGGAGGGAAUGAGGAAUAAAGGGGAUGUUGCUCGGAUACCCUUGUAG